CCCAUCCCACGCUAUCGUCUGAGCUGCCUGACCACAGUCCAGGGUGGCUCCCACAGGCUCCAGGGAUGCUGCUGAUAGCCCUGCCAGACUUUUGUUCUCAGCCCUAAGUAAUUACCGGCAGCAACGCAGAUAAGGAGUCCCGGGGAGGUGGGUAAAAGGUACUGGGGGAUCCUGAGCAAGAGAAGAGGCCAAAAGUCAAUCCCAAAGCCCAGGGGACGAGGGGAACCUUGUUCUCUUUCCUCUAUCAGAGUCCGAGCCGGGGAGUGCUUGGCAGAGCCCCAAGCCGAGGGAAACGCCGUGACAUCCCAGCACCCGCCCGUGGCUCCUCCGCCGGCUCCGGCAGGAUCUCGGCCCCUUUCUGCUGAUGUCACGGUGCGGGGCCCCACAGCCGCCUUCCCCGGGCGGCGAGCAGGCGGGAAUCAGCGCCGGAGCCGGCCGCCCUUUCCUGGAUCCUCCUCUUUCGUCUCUUCCCUCCCCGGGACGCAGGCUGGAAAGGAGCCGAGAGCCUCGGCCGCCCGGCAGACGGAUGCCCCGGCAGGGCUUGUCCAUGGAUGCCAGCAAGAAGGUGGAUCUGAAGAUAAUUAUCAUAGGAGCUCUGGGCGUGGGCAAAACCUCCCUCCUGCACCAGUACGUGCACAAGACUUUUUACGAAGAUUACCGCACCACGCUGGGCGCCAGCAUCCUGACCAAAGUCCUCACGGUGGACAACACCCCCCUGAAACUGCAGAUCUGGGACACAGGGGGACAAGAGCGAUUCCGGUCCAUGGUGUCAACCUUUUACAAAGGCUCGGACGGCUGCGUGCUGGCCUUCGACGUGACAGACAGGGAGUCAUUUGAGUCCCUAGACAACUGGAGAGAUGACUUUCUGGAGAAGGUCAUUCCGAGGGAGCAAGAUUUCCCCAUGGUCGUGUUGGGGAACAAAAUAGACAUCUGCGAUCGGCAGGUACCCAAGGAGAUUGCCUCAGCCUGGUGCAAGGAGAAAGAUAUCCCUUAUUUUGAAGUCAGUGCCAAGAACAACAUCAACGUUGCAGAGGCUUUCGAGACCCUCACAAAGCAGGCGUUAAUGACGCAUAAAGGGAUUUUUGAGAGCUAUUUAACCGACUCCAUCAAACUCACUCCCAACGACAAGCCCAAGAAGAGCUGCUGCUGACCCCGGGCACUUUGCCACGCUCCGGGCUGUCCUGCGCAAACACGGCCCAGGUGUGCUGGACCCCACGAUGCCCAAGGCUGGAGCCCUGCCCCGGGGGUCCGUGCCCCCCGGCCGCCCCAGCCCGGCCGCAGAGGCUGGCCAAGCCAGGGCACAGGACGGCCGCUGCUCGACGCACCGGGUCCGGCUGGCUGCGCAUCCCGGGACUUGCCGCUUCCCACAUCUCUGGAGCCGCUCUCCCAAACCAGCAGCCUCCCAAAUGGCCGCUGCGUCACAGUGGCCUCGUCCCCCUCGAUCCGCUGCCGUCUGGCACCCGAGCGGGCGAUCCCCCUGCGGUGACAGUGCCAGGGAGCUGGGCGGUGCUCCCGAUGCCUUUCCAGAGACCACGACCUUGGCCCCAUGGGUGACCCUUCCCCACGCGUGGACUGGUGGCCCCACGGCACUCACGGUGCUCACGGUGUGUAGGGGCUGUCCUGGGGGGAGAAGUGGGGCUGGUGGCCACGGCACAGGCGUGAGAGCAGCCGGGUCCCCUCCCGGGCUCAACCGCUGUGGACGUAACCAUUCCGUGCCUCAGUUUCCCCUGCUCUCAUGCACACCCCCUGUCAAACACCUUCCACCUCCCGCCUCACUGGUGAGGAUGCUCUGUGAAGCACUUUGUCAGGGAUUCUUUUUUUUAAAAAAAGGAAAUUAAAUAUUUCAUUUUUAUUUAUA